ACGGCUGCGGCGCCGGAUGGACGGAGGGGGGCCUCUGAACGGUGUCAGCCCGUGACUGUGGGUGACACGGCGGGUGAGGCGGCCCAGCCCGGGAGAACGUGUGGCCGGGACGCUGAGCGGUGACGCCGGGGCCAAGCCAGAGACACAGAGGGGCUCUGUGUGUCUCUGACAGGCCGAGCUGGCGACUCCCAGGGCCUGAGGAUGAAGCCAAGCCCGCCACAUUGGCCCCUGUCCUGCCUUCUUGUGCUGCUCCCUUGGCCUCUGGCCACUCCAGUAUCAACGACCUCUUGGCAGUGCCCACCUGGGAAGGAGCCCCACCUGGACCCGGGGCAGGGCACAUUAUGCAGAUCCUGUCCCCCUGGCACUUUCUCUGCUUUGUGGGGCCCUGGCCCAUGCCAGCCCCACUCGAGCUGCAGUCCUCGAGGGAGGCUGGAGGUCCAGGCAGGCACAGCGACUCAAGACACUCUAUGUGGAGACUGCCAGCCUGGGUGGGUUGCCACUUUGGGGGUCCCCCAUGUCCCCUGUCAGCCAUGCUCCUGGAUGCCUCUGGGUACUCGUGGCUGCUCUGAGCGGGGACGGCGGGCCCGACGUGGCGUGGAGGUAGCAGCAGGGGCCACCAGCUCUGGGGACACGCGGCAGCCUGGGAACAGCACCCGGGCAGGUGGCCCUGAGGAGACGGCUGCCCAGUAUGCGGUUAUUGCCAUCGUGCCUGUCUUCUGCCUCAUGGGGCUGCUGGGCAUCCUGGUGUGUAACCUGCUCAAGCGGAAGGGCUACCACUGCACCGCCCACAAGGAGGUUGGGCCCAGCCCUGGAGGUGGAGGCAGUGGGAUCAACCCCGCCUACAGGGCUGAAGAUGCCAACGAGGACACCAUCGGGGUCCUGGUACGCCUGAUCACAGAGAAGAAAGAGAACGCGGCGGCCCUGGAGGAGCUGCUGAAGGAGUACCACAGCAAACAGCUGGUACAGACAGGCCAUGGGCCUGUGCCCAGGCUGCCACUAGGCCCCCCCAGCUUGCCACACAUCUGCCCGCAUCGCCACCACCUCCACACCGUGCAGGGCUUGGCCUCACUCUCUGGCCCCUGCUGCUCCCGGUGCAGCCAGAAGAAGUGGCCCGAGGUGCUGCUGUCCCCUGAGGCCGCAGCUGCCGCUACCCCCACUCCCAGACUCCUGCCCAACCCUGCCAGGGCUCCAAAGGCAGGGGCCAAGGCAGGACGCCAGGGCGAGAUCACCAUCUUGUCUGUGGGCAGGUUCCGAGUGGCCCGAAUUCCAGAGCAACGGUCAAGUUCAGCAGCCCCUGAGGUGAAGACUAUCACGGAGGCUGGGCCCUCGGGGAGUGACCUCCCUGAUUCCCCACAACCUGGCCUCCCCACUGAGCAGCGGGCACUGCUGGGAAGUGGUGGAAGCCAUACGAAGUGGCUGAAGCCCCCGGCAGAAAACAAGGCUGAGGAAAACCGCUAUGUGGUCCGGCUAAGUGAGAGCACUCUGGUUAUCUGAUGGCCUGCCUCAGCUGAAGACACAGCAGCCCUGCCCUGGGAGGUUCUGGAGGCUUCCCGGAGGAGGUAGAGCUGCAACUGGGCCUGUGAGGAUCAAGAGGCAAUGGUCCAGCAGGCAGAACAGCAAAGGCCAAGGCCUGGAGGUGGGAGUGUCCGCCCCGUGCAGAGGCAGGCCAGCAGGCAGGUGCUGUGUGCAGGAGCAGGUUGAGGGCCCCUCCCCUGCCCCUGUGCCUUGCCCCAGCCAGACCUAGGACCCUGCAGGACCCUCUGUACCACCAGGUGGCUAGCCUUGGCUGGGGGGAGGGGCCCUUGGCCUGGCACCCUUGGCCCCAUACCUUGGUAAUCUACUGCCCCGCCUCCAUCCAGGGCCCUAGCGAGGACCUCUCCCUCCUCUUCCGGCGGGCCUCACAUAGGGAAGAGGCAACAAAAAGCUGUGGGCUGGAGACUUGAGCUCCCUGGUUCUAACUGUGGGCAAGUCCCUGGCCAUCACCUGGUUAUAGUUCUGACCAUGGAGUGGGGAGAGAGAGGUGUCUUGGGACGCAGGGCUUCUCCGGUUCCUUGCAGGUUCUGACCUGGGUUGUGUGCGGGGAGAGCUUGACUCCUUGCCACCCCUUCCAUUAGUAGCUUUAUCCGUGGCCCCAUUUUUGCAGCUUCCAGGGCCUGUGCCUUCAGGCCCCCAUGGGGCUGCCCAUCCCUGGCUCUGCCUACGGAAGGGGCUUAAUGCAUGUAUCUGCCCCCCUCCCCGCUGUUUUUAUUGAAAUUGGAACCACAGUCUUGACCUGGGCAAGGCUGUGAUACAGGUUGCCAGCCUGCAUAGUCACCCCAAGAUCUCAGGAGUGCUUCAGGGAGGGGGUUGUGUGCGGGGCUGGAGAGGCCCCUCUGGCCUCAAGUCGUUUCUGUGUCUCUGUGGUGUUGGUGUCUAUCCCCCAGCUGGGCAGUACAGGCGACUGCCCAGCCCAGCUCCAUGUCCACUGUAGCCCAGUGACCUCGUUAUUUAUAUGGGGCCGUGCAGGCAUGGGCCCCACUGCCAUCCCCAUUUCUCUUAUUUAUUGAAAAUUUGCUGUUGUCCUGUCCUUGUCUACAUUCCCAUCCAUUUAUUGGAUAAUAAAAGGUGGGAAAGUGG